GUCAAAGUGGCAGUUUUCCAUUUCUCUUUUUCAACUUUUUAAGCGUGGCUUGUCUUGCGUGGCCAUGAUAUCUUCACUCGGGCCAGGUUUUUAAUUUUGUAUUACUUUUCCCUCCAUUUUAUGCGGCCUACAAUGUUAAGUUGAACAUUUUUGUUAAUGAGUUUUUGGUUGUUCAUUAGUUCAUGUCACAGCUUCCUAUUUGGCAGCACUGGCGCUGGCGAUUGGUGCGUUAAAGUCAAACGUCACUCAAAAAGUGUGGUUAGAAUUUUUGUUAUUGUGUGAUUGUGUCUAACGGUGAUUACUUUUUAGUAUUUUGUUUGUGACAACUGUUAUAAGGUAGAUCAGAUAUAGUCGGGAUUUUUAAUGCCUUCAAGCUUGUACUAACUUGAUUUGCAGCUAAAAUGAGUGAUACAGAAGAAACCUCUGAGGGUGGACCAAUUCCCAAAAAGAGGCAUCAUGAAGAAGCUGACCAAAAUGAAGACUCACAAAGUACAGAACCGAAAAAGAAAGUCUUACCACAUACAAAGCUCUUUCUGGACAAUAUGCCAUCAGCAAACUCCUAUGAGAAAAGUUAUAUGCACAGAGAUGUUAUUACUCAUGUUCUUACGACUGCAACAGAUUUUGUGAUAACUGCUAGUUGUGAUGGACACAUAAAAUUUUGGAAAAAGAUGGAAAUUGGGAUAGAAUUUGUAAAACACUUCAGAAGCCAUUUAGGUCCAAUUGUGAAGAUAGUAUGUAAUGUUGAAGGGACAUUACUAGCUUCAGCCUCUCUAGACAAAUCUUUGAAAAUAUUUGAUGUAGUUAACUUUGAUAUGAUAAAUAUGUUGAAGCUAGAUUAUAUUCCAAAUACAAUAGAAUGGAUACAUGCUCCUGGUGACCCUAUACACACUAUUGCUGUGUCUGAUAAAGAAUCACCAAAAAUUUACAUUUAUGAUGGGCGAGGUGACAGCAAGCCUUUGCUGGUGUUGGAAAAAAUUCACAUGGCAUCAGUCAGCUUAAUGAGACACAAUCCCAAGUAUGAUGUUAUAAUCUCUGCUGAUAAAAAGGGAAUGUUAGAGUAUUGGUCAGGAUACAAGCAAGAAUGUAUAUUUCCAAAGAAUGUUGCUUUCGACUCAAAAUUAGAUACAGACCUGUUCAUUUUUGCAAAAAAUAGUACUUUUCCAACAGGUUUGGCUUUUUCACCUAAUGGUAAAAAGUUUGCCACUAUAUCAACAGAUAGAAAAGUCAGGUUAUUCAAUUUUGUUACAGGCAAACUGGUAAAAGUAAUUGAUGAAAGCAUGUCAAAGUUCAUUGAGUAUCAGCAAAAAACUCAAAAACUGCCAAAUAUGGAAUUUGGCAGGAGAAUGGCUCUAGAAAGGGACCUGGAGAAAUCAGAAAGUUUUGAGCUGGAGAAUAUCCUCUUUGAUGAAAGUGGUCACUUCAUAAUGUAUGCCACUUUACUGGGAGUAAAAGUCAUAAAUUUGUACAAUAAUACCUGCUCAAGGAUCAUUGGGAAGAAUGAAAAUUUGAGAUUAUUAAAUAUAGCACUUUACCAAGGAUCUGCGAAAAAAUCUAAAGCCGCCGUUACAUUAGAAAUUGAGGCUUCAAACAAUCCCACCUUAGAAGCCAUCCAACCAGAUCCCACCCUCGUCUGCACAGCUUACAAAAAGGCCCGAUUCUACCUGUUCUCUCAUAGAGAACCCGAAGACCUCCAAGGCGACCAGGAUCGUGACGUUUUCAACGAGAAACCUUCAAAAGAGGACACGUUUGCGGCAACGGAAAACCCUGCGGUGCAACGGUUGUACGAAAACGCCAUAAUCCAUACUGUCUUUGGAGAUAUACACCUGAAGUUGUUCAUGAAAGACUGUCCGAAGACUGUUGAAAAUUUUUGCGUGCAUAGCAAAAAUGGAUAUUAUAACGGGCAUAUAUUUCACAGGGUAAUCAAAGGGUUUAUGAUUCAAACAGGAGAUCCUACGGGCAACGGAACUGGCGGUGAAAGUAUAUGGGGAGGAGAAUUCGAGGACGAAAUUAGGCCACACUUGAAGCACGACAGACCCUACACAGUUUCCAUGGCUAACGCAGGCCCGAAUACCAAUGGCAGCCAGUUUUUCAUCACUUUAACGCCAACGCCGUGGCUGGACAAUAAACAUACAAUUUUUGGCAGGGUUGUCAAGGGUAUGGAAGUCGUGCAGAACAUCAGCAAUGCGAAAACGAAUGCAAAGACAGACAAACCAUAUGACGAUAUCAGAAUCAUAUCCAUCACUGUUAAAUAAUAAAUUGUUAAUUACUGUAAUUUAUAAUUUAAUAUGUAUAUAAAUAUUUUAAAUAAAUGUAUUUCAUAGAAAACUA